AUGGCGCUGCUGCCGGGAGGCCUGAACAAGGACUGUGGCCACCAGACAAGCAGGUUCCCACUGGGGGAGACCAAGCCCAGGGCCCUCUCAGGCCGGCCUGGGGACUUGCCAGCAGGACCCCCUGCGCCAGCCACCCGCGCACCUAGAACCCUCCUGCCCACCGAGAGGUGCCUCUUCCUCCUGGCUUUCCCGAAGCCUCUGAGCCUCUGGGGACAAGUUUCUAGACCGUUCGGGCUCGGAGACAGCAGCUCCCCCUGCCCCUCUCAGUCUUCGCGUGAAAACGACACACCCCAAAGUGACUUGUCGUCCGCGGGCUGGGGACGCGGCCAGCGGGGCCCCCUCGUGGCCGGAGCCGCAGCCGCCGCGGGACCGGCCGGUCUCCCGCCGGCGCCGGCUCCUCCCGGGCUCGGCUUCGGCCUCGGCCUCGCCGCCGCUGGGCCUGCACGUGGGCCGCCCGGGGUCUCCUCUCCGCCCCCAGAGCAGACGUGCCCCCCAGCCGCCGCCCCCGGCCGAGACGAAGGCGGACCCCGAGCCCCCCACGCCCGCUCCAAGCCCAGCCGCUCCCGCCGGCCCCGGGUCGAGUCCACGCGCGGUCACCGCGGGCCCCGCCGGCCGUGCCCCGCGCCUCCGCCCCAGGACACGCAGGGCCGCCGCCCUCUCUCCGCCCCCGCGGCGACACUCGGCCUCGCGCAGCUCACCCCGAGCCGGCCCGGCCGCCCUCGCCCAGAGCCCGAGGCUGAGCUCCCGCCCGCCCGGCCCGCUCGGCCCGUGCCCGGCCUCUGCCUGCUGCUGUGCCGCCGCCCGACAGCUCCGAGCGCACCCCCAGGCCGGCCGCACCCCGUCCCAGCUCCCAGGCCCCGCUCAGCCCCGGGGGACGCUCUCCCACCCCGCCUUGCUCACAGCUCGGCGUCCGCGGGGCAUCUUGGCCCCGGGGGCGGGGGCGGGGGGCGGCCAUCCGCUCGUCCGGAAACGGAGGGCUCUGCCGCCCCCCAUCCCCGACCGGCACUGGGAGCUGGUGACCCCUCUCUGCCCCCGUGGGUCCUGGAUGUUGGCAGAAGGAGGGCCGACCUGGGGCAGGGGGACCAUCCGCAGAACCUGGGGACCACCCACAGGCGGGGGCUCUGCCCCCAGGACGCUGUAUCCCAGAGCCCCAGCUCCACCUCUGCCCCUUCCUGCUGACCUCUGCACUCUUCAGCGCUGC